AUGGCUGAUCGUGAAGACUUCAAGAGGGAAGAAGAAGAUGAUGCGGAGGAGGAACUGGAUGAGACCGACUACAAGUCGCAAAAGGACGCUAUCAUCGUAGCAAUUGAUGUGAGCUCAUCGAUGCUGCAACCCCCUCCAGCAUCAAGCUCAAAGAAGGCAGAUAAGGACAGUGCCGUUCAGGCUGCCUUGAAAUGUGCUUAUCACCUGAUGCAACAGCGCAUCAUCUCUAAUCCCAAGGAUAUGAUGGGAAUUCUCUUCUUCGGCACAGAGAAAUCCAAGUUUCAGGAAGAAAGUGGAAGAAGUGGCUUGGGAUACCCUCACUGCUAUCUAUUCACGGACCUAGACAUUCCCGCAGCAGAGGAUGUUAAGGCAUUGAAAACGCUAGUUGGCGUAGAUGGAGAAGAAGGCGAAGACGACGACGGGGUGUUGGUGCCGGCAAAAGACGGCCUUCAGAUGGCGAACGUGUUCUUCUGCGCAAACCAGAUCUUCACCACAAAAGCAGCCAACUUCGGCAGCAGACGACUGUUCAUCAUUACAGACAAUGAUGACCCUCACUCAACAGAUAAGGCAGCCAAAUCUGCUGCUGCUGUAAGGGCAAAGGACCUUUACGACUUGGGAGUUCAGAUUGAACUUUUUCCUAUUGCCAGGGAUGACAAGAAGUUUGACCUUGGCAAGUUCUAUGACGACAUCAUUUACCGAGAUCAAUCCGCCGAGGCCAAUCUCUCUGAAGUACGCAGCUCCAAAUCAGGUGACGGUCUCACCCUUCUCAGCUCCCUUGUCUCGAAUAUCAGUUCCAAAGAGACGCCCAAGCGCUCCCUAUUCUCAAAUCUUCCCUUCGAAAUCGCUCCGGGACUGAGGAUAUCCGUAAAGGGUUACAACAUCCUCCAUCGUCAAGUCCCUGCGAGGACAUCAUACAUUUGGCUCGACGGUGAAAAGCCUCAGCUCGCAGUCGGCGAAACCACCCGAAUCGCGGAGGAUAGUGCCCGCACUGUCGAGAAGCCAGAAUUCAAGAAGGCCUACAAAUUUGGCGGCGAAUAUGUACACUUCACACCUGAGGAGCAGAAGUCCCUCAAAGACUUUGGCUCCCCAAUCAUUCGGAUCGUUGGUUUCAAGCCCCGCUCUAUGCUCCCAUUUUGGGCCAACGUGAAGAAGUCAACAUUCAUCUUCCCCUCCGAAGAAGACUAUGUGGGCUCAACACGUGUGUUUACUGCCCUCUGGCAGAAGCUCCUCAAAGACAACAAGAUUGGUGUCGCCUGGGCCGUAACCCGUUCCAACGCCAACCCAAUCCUUGUGGCCAUCAUUCCGUCUCAUGAGAAGUCCGACGACGAAUCUGGCACACCCUACUUGCCUGCUGGCCUUUGGCUCACGCCGCUGCCUUUCGCCGACGAUCUCCGUGAGGGGCCCGAGCCACCCGCCGACCUCGUCAGAAGCACGAAUGAGCUCACCGAUCGUAUGCGAGUCAUCGUCCAGCAGCUUCAGCUACCGAAGGCCAUGUUCAAUCCAAAGAAAUACCCUAAUCCCUCAUUGCAGUGGCAUUACAAGAUCCUCCAGGUCCUUGCUCUUGAGGAGGAAUACCCAGAGAAGGCGGAGGAUGCUACAGAACCCAAGUACAAGGCAAUUAGCAAGCGUGCGGGUGGUUACCUGGAUGAUUGGGCUGAAACGCUACAAGUUGAGGCCAAGACCGCGCUGGCUAAGCAAGCCAUAAAACGGGAUGUGGAGGAUGUCGAGGAUGAAAGACCGUCAAAGAGAGUCAAGGCGGCGCCAAAGAGCUCAAAGGUAUCUGGUUCCGGACUGAAUACGACGCAACUUAAGGCUGCCGUUGAUGGAGGCGGUUUGAGUAAGAUGCUGGUCGCAGAUCUGAAAGAUAUCCUAGCGGCGAGGGGACUUAACACGGCGGGCAGGAAGGCCGAGUUGAUUGAGAGGGUGGAAGAGUGGGUUGAGAACAACGCAUGA